AUGAAGGACGUGGUGAUCAUGAAUGUGGUCUUCGUUGAAACUAUUGCAAGAAUUAGAGACAUAUUGAAACGGAUUGUUGAACCAAAGCUAUGGAACAGUCUUGCAUCCACAAAGAAAGCUAAGGCUCUUUACAGCCAUGCCUCCCUUGGUAAAAGUCAUUACUCAUUAGUGUAUUGGCAAGAGACUCUCAAGGGACAAGUUGCAGGAAUUUUAACCACACAUAGAGUACUUAUUGUUUCGGCAGAACUUGACAUACUUGCCGGCAAUUCGACAAAUUUUGACAAUGGGCUUCCUUCAAUAUCCUUAGACUUAACUGAUGCCUACUUUAGAUCACUCUUAUGGAUUGGACCUGCCCUUCUUUUUUCUACUGCCACCGCAAUUAGUAUACUCGGAUGGGAUGGGAAAGUGAGGACUAUCUUGUCAACUAGUAUGCCUUAUGCAGUCUUGCUUGGUGCUUUGAAUGAUCGAUUGUUGCUUGCUAGCCCUACAGAAAUAAAUCCCAAACAGAUGAGGGGGAUUGAGGUCAAAAGCUGCCUUGUUGGUCUUCUUGAGCCUCUUCUUAUUGGAUUUGCCACUAUGCAACAAAGUUUUGAGCAGAAGCUUGACCUAUCAGAAAUACUGUUUGACAGCUUGCGCAUAACACCUAGAUCUCUGGACAUCCUCUCUAGAGGUUCUCCAGUUUGUGGAGAUUUAGCAGUGUCGUUAUCUCAAUCAGGUCCACAGUUCACCCAAGUGAUGCGGGGUGUCUAUGCUGUGAAAGCUCUUCGUUUUUCCACUGCUUUGUCUGUUCUAAAGGACGAAUUUCUGCGUUCAAGAGACUAUCCACAAUGUCCUCCUACAUCUCAUUUAUUUCACAGGUUCAGGCAGUUGGGUUAUUCCUGUAUCAGGUUGAUAAGACUUGUAAUAGAACCAUGGGGUUGGGGUGUCUGGAGCUCCUCCCGCCGGAUUGAUCCAUUUUCAAGAACAAUUCCAUGUCCGAACCAGGGAUCAAUCCCCAGACCUUGGUUUGGUCAGUUUGAUAGAGCUAAAGAAACCUUUGAGGUUACUGCAGAUUACGAAAGCAUGCUUGAUCUAUUUAUAUGCCACCUUAAUCCUAGUGCCAUGAGGCGUCUUGCUCAGAAGUUAGAAGAAGAAGCUCUUGACUCAGAAUUGAGGCGACAUUGUGAAAGGGUUUUACGGAUUCGCUCUAGUGGAUGGACUCAAGGCAUAUUUGCCAACUUUGCUGCAGAAAGUAUGGUUCCUAAAGGACCUGAAUGGGGUGGUGGAAACUGGGAAAUCAAAACCCCUACUAAUGCAAAGGAUAUACCUCAGUGGGAGCUUGCUGCAGAGGUGACUCCAUAUAUGAAGACUGAUGAUGGUGCAAUUCCAUCCAUUAUUGUAGAUCAAAUAGGUGUGUAUUUAGGCUCAAUUAAAGGAAAAGGUAAUGUUGUUGAGUUAAGGGAAGAUAGCUUAGUUAAAGCAUUCAUCCCUCCAAGUAACGAUUUUAAAGCAAAUGGUCUUGAAGUAUCUUCACGAAAACCCAUAUCUAAUCAAGCGGUUGGUAAUUCAAAAGGCGCUUCAUUAAUGGGUCUGCAAAGUAUUAACAAACAGAAUGUCAGUUCCUCUACUGAUGAACAGACUAAAGCAGCAGAAGAAUUUAAGAAAUCCAUGUAUGGAGCUGCUGCUGGUGAUAGCAGCAGUGAUGAGGAAGGAGUAUCAAAAACCAAAAAAAUACGUGUUAGAAUUCGAGACAAGCCAGUUACCUCUUCUACUGUGGAUGUGAAUAAGAUUAAAGAAGCCACUAGUAAAUUUAAACUAAGUGAAGGGUUAGCUCCGACAAGGAGCAGGUCAUUAACCAGUGGAUCCCAAGAUCUUAGCCAUAUUUUAUUGCAGCCACCUGUAGCUACUGGAGUGGCUGCUCGCACUGUUUCAACUCCAGCUGACCUGUUUGGUACAGAUGCCUUGACUCAACCAGAAUCAAUUUCACAGCCAACUACUGGGGUUGCAAGUGGGGGAACUAAAGUAGGACCUAUUCCAGAAGACUUCUUUCAGAAUACAAUUCCAUCCCUUCAGGUUGCUGCUUCACUGGCUCCUGCUGGGAAUUAUCUCUCUAAAUUUACAGCAGCGGCUGAAAGUGGCAAAGCAACUCAAAACCAGGUUAGUGCUUCCAAAUAUGAUGUUACUCGUCAAGGUGAUGUUUCUCCUCAAGCUGUUCAACAAACUGUGUCUCCUAUUGAGUCCGUAGGACUUCCUGAUGGUGGUGUCCCACCACAAUCUUCAGACCAGGCUGCAGUCAUGCCCUCAUCACAGCUUCAGGCACCAAUUUCUAGCCAACCUCUUGAUCUUAGUAUAUUUGGAGCACCAAAUACUUCUAAUUCUGGAAAGCCUCCACAAACUGGUUCUCCUUCAUCCUCUGUACAACCUGGACAGGUUCCCCGAGAAGCUGCUGCUUCUGUAUGCUUCAAGACUGGACUUGCUCACCUUGAGCUAAAUCAUCUUUCAGAUGCUUUGUCUUGCUUUGACGAAGCUUUUAUUGCAUUAGCUAAGGAACAAUCUCGUGGAAGUGAUAUAAAAGCUCAAGCAACAAUAUGUGCUCAAUACAAGAUAACAGUCACUCUUCUUCAGGAAAUUGUACGUUUGCAAAAAGUUCAUGGUCCAAGUGCAAUUAGCGCAAAAGAUGAGAUGGCUAGACUUUCUCGCCAUCUGGGUUCGUUGCCUCUGCUCGCAAAGCACAGAAUAAAUUGCAUUCGAACUGCCAUAAAACGAAAUAUAGAGGUGCAAAAUUAUGCAUAUUCCAAGCAAAUGUUAGAACUGCUAUUGUCUAAAGCACCACCAAGCAAGCAAGAGGAAUUUAGGAGCCUCAUUGACUUGUGUGUUCAGAGGGGUUUGACUAACAAGUCCAUCUAUCCAUUUGAAGAUCCAUCACAGUUCUGUGCUGCCACAUUAAGCAGGCUGUCGACAAUUGGAUAUGAUGUCUGUGAUCUCUGUGGAUCUAAAUUUUCAGCUCUGUCUGCAGCUGGAUGCAUCAUCUGUGGAAUGGGCAGCAUCAAGAGAUCAGACGCAGUCGCAGGACCAGUUCCUUCACCUUUUGGUUGA